AGCAGACUUCUAGGAGCAGACUUCUGUGCGGCUGCUGCUGGAAGUGAACUCCUGAAGUCCUGUGAGUAAGUGAGUCUCCUCCUCAGCGGUCCGGGCAGAGCUCGGAGAACCUUAACCUGCACCUUCAGAUGUGGCCGCUCUGAUCACAACGAUCAAAAUCCUUGACAAUAUUGUCUCACUUUUGGAAAUUUAGACUCAUUUUUUUUUCUCAAAGCAUUAUGGCAUCUUCUCAGAAGAUGGGAUUUGGACUUUUCUUCUUCAACAUGAUUAUUAUUGGCACCAUCUCUGCCACCAAGAUAAACGUGCCGCGGCUGAGACUGUCCUACAAAGACCUGCUGUCCUCCAACAGGUCCUCCGUCUUCAGCGGGCACCAUGGCCAGCUCUCUCUCAGCGCCGUUGUCCUGGACGAGUACCGCGACCGGCUCUUCCUGGGAGGGAAAGACGUCCUGUACUCUCUCAGGCUGGGUCCCGUCAGCAGCGAAUCCAAAGAGUUAUACUGGCCACCGUUGCCUGGCAACAGGGAAGAUUGCAUUCAAACGGGGAAAGAACAGACGGAAUGCGCAAACUUUGUUCGUCUGCUGCAGCCUUACAACCGCACCCACCUGCUGGCCUGUGGUACCGGGGCCUUCCAGCCCAUGUGCACCUUCAUCUAUGUGGGUCACAGAGGAGAGCAUGUGUUCACCAUAGAUCCCAUGAAUGUGGAGAGUGGACGAGGGAAGGUACCACAUGACCCCAGUCUACCGUUCGCUAGCGCUUUCACUGGUGGGGAGCUGUACACGGGGCUGACAGCAGAUUUCCUGGGAAGAGACUCUGUGAUCUUCAGGAGCAUGGGGACUCGUUCCACCAUGAGGACAGAGACCGAUCAGAAACUCCUCCAUGACCCUAAGUUCAUCGCUGCCCACCUCAUCCCAGACAACGACGACAGGGACAACGAUAAAGUCUACUUCUUCUUCACUGAGAAAGCCUCGGAUGCCGGUGACAGGGAGGGAGCCAUACACACACGUGUUGGACGAGUGUGUGCGAAUGAUGUUGGCGGUCAAAGGGUUUUGGUCAAUAAGUGGAGCACCUUCAUAAAAGCCAGACUGGUGUGUUCUGUUCCAGGACCACAUGGCAUCGACACACACUUCAACCAGCUUGAGGAUGUUUUCCUGCUGAGGACCAAGGAUGAGAGGAACCCAGAUAUCUACGCCAUCUUCAGCACCAUCAGUAAUGUGUUCCAGGGCUUUGCUGUGUGUGUCUACCGUAUGGCUGACAUCAGAGAAGCUUUCAACGGACCUUUCGCUCAUAAAGAGGGUCCUGACCACCAGUGGGGUGCUUAUGAAGGCAGGGUGCCUUAUCCCCGGCCAGGAGUGUGCCCCAGUAAAAUCACCAACCAGCCUGGCAGAGAGUUUGGCAGCACAAAGGACUUCCCUGACUCAGUGCUGCAGUUUGCGCGCAGCCACCCACUGAUGUGGCGGCCGGUGUAUCCUCUCCUGCGCCAGCCUGUGCUCGUGAAGGCCAACAUUCCUUACAAGCUGAAACAAAUUGUGGUAGACCGGGUCGAGGCGGAGGACGGGCAGUAUGAUGUCAUGUUCAUUGGUACAGAUGUUGGUACAGUACUGAAGGUAAUCGCCCUGCAGAAUGGAAACAGUUUGGAGACAGAGGAGGUCACCCUUGAAGAACUACAAGUGUUCAAAGUGCCGACUCCAAUCACAUCAAUGGCUAUAUCUGUAAAAAGGCAAGCCUUGUACGUGGGCUCUCCGUUAGGAAUGACGCAGGUGAAGCUGCAUCGCUGCGAGGCUUAUGGGAGAGCUUGCGCUGAGUGUUGUCUAGCCAGAGACCCUUACUGCGCAUGGGAUGGAUCGUCCUGUUCACGAUUUGUUCCCAACAGCAAACGACGCUACCGCAGGCAGGACAUCAGGCAUGGGAACCCUGUGCUGCAGUGUGUGGAUCAAAAUCAGACGGACCUGGAUAUGACGGAGGACAAGGUGGUGUACGGGACAGAGAACAACAGCACCCUCCUGGAGUGCGUUCCUCGCUCUCCACAGGCUACCGUCACCUGGCUCGUCCAACGCGAUGACCGCAAGGAAGAUGUGAAGCUGGAUGAACGCGUCAUGUCCACAGAGCAGGGUCUGCUUUUCCGUCAACUCUUCCAUCAGGAUGAAGGCAUUUACAUCUGCCGCUCUCGAGAGCACGGCUUCACGCAGACCCUGGCGCGCCUCACCCUGGAGGUUCUACGCGGCGACACCGUGGACGAGCUCAUGGCGCGUGACAACACCGGCCUCUUCGACGCAUUCAAGGACCGGUCUACAGGAAACUACAGGACCUGGAUGCCCUGCAGCACCUACAGCAAAGGCAGCAUAUCCAGCCAAAUCAGCCAAUCACGCACAUGGUUCAAGGACAUCAUGCAGCUCAUCGGGCCGUCGAACAUGCCCCACGUGGAGGAGUACUGCGAGAGGAUGUGGUGCAACGACAAGCUCAGGAGGAAACACAAGAGCAUGCUGGAGAAAUACCGCCAAGCACAGGAGAGCGCCAGGAAAACUCGGAGCAAGAGCUCUGGUGAACGCAACCGAACACCGCGGGACCUCAGCGCGCGGGGGGGGCAGUGAAGCGGGGAGUGGAGGGAGGGCUGAGGCCCCGGUGGGAGAGCAGUCACCUCUCAAUCUGAAGAUAAAUGCUUCAAUCCCAAGACCCUCCACAUGUCAGAGCAUCCUUGGACAAGACAUUGAACUUCACAUUGCACCAGAUUUGCUCAUUCAUGUGUGAUUGUAGACAAAGAAAAUGGAUUCACACUGUAAAUAGAGUUCAUUGAUGUAUAAAAAAAAUAAGAAGUACUGUGUUAAUGAAAAAUACCUUGUAGAGUGCUUCAUACAACCUGUGUAGGGUAUAAAAGCACUGUGCAUGUGUGGACUAUUUAGUUCAAGUGGAAAAAGGGAAAAAGACUAUAGUUUGGGGAGAGAUUAGAGGGGCAAGAUCAAAACUAGCCUAGUAACCAUUUGUUUUAAUUUAGUAGAACAGCCUGUUGUAGUCAUUACACUACAUAUCGUUUCUAGAAAAGUGAAUGCAUGAACAUGGGACUGCUGCAUACAAAGAAAGCACAACUUAAACUAAAGAAGAAAAAAGAAGAUUUCAGCUGUUCUAAGGUGCAUGUAUUGAUCCGUAUAUGCAGUCGUCGAGUUCUUGGGUUAAGAGCUUGUUUCUCCGGAGAGACACAGCAACAAGAGACUGAGCAGCUGGUGAAGAUGAUGCUGGCGUUUGGUAAAGAGGAGAAACAACCUUUCAACUAUAUGUAGUCUGAGAGGGAUCUUUUUUUUUUAUUUCCUUCACAGAACUUUUGUCCUCAUGUACUUUCGUUCCUGAGGUGAUAGACUCAGCUUUUGUUUCAUCACUCCAUUUGCUGCAUAGAAAAAUCAUCAGAACUUCCAAAACCUCAGACUCCUAAAGCGAUGCAUGCCUGCGGGCAGACUUGUCUGUCAGAGGAAUCUGUUUCAUGUUUGCUUCUUAUCCUCUCUCACCUCUCUGAACGCUCCGGCUCGGCUUCUGCCGAAUUGUCGGUUGUCUUGUGCAAACGUAUACUUUCUUUUUUUGGACUCUUUUAAGAGACAACGCAACCACUGGGUUCGUUUCACUUUACAUUUGAUGGUCCAUGUCUCCUGGCUUACUUUACCUUGGAUGGAAUGACUUCAGCUCAUAUUUGACGUGGCAGAGCACGCAGGUUUAGAAGAGUAGUAUCUCACUUUAUGUAUGAACACACAUUUACAUGAACUUUAAUUAAACUGAAUGCUUAAGCUCAUCCAGCUCAAACUGGAUAUCAUGGGACAAAUGUUGAAAAUUCAACAGAUUAAAGGCAUAUUGUUCUGCAUAUUGGCUACGUAUCACAAUCCCAUUAUCUCCAACACUGAGGAAUACAUUUCAAUAUAUUUUUUUUCUUUUUUGGUAUAUGCAUGUUCAGCCACAGCAUUUAUAUUAGGACUGUCACUAAAAAGUUCUUUUGGCAGUCAGCAAAAUCUUUUUUCUUUUUUUUCUGUCAUGUUCUGUCAAAUCCAAUGGGUCCACUCUGGCAGCUCUGGGUGAUUUAGAGUCACCUUCACCUUUUUGAGGACUUCCUGUAGCCAAUUCAGAGCUGUUUUAGAGGUCACAUACUGUAUUUACCUGUUGACCUCCUGGGGGAGGAUUUUCUCGUCAGAGACGGCCAUACCAUCAAGGACAUGUUUGUGAUGUUUUUCUGAUGCAGUUAAAAAUGCAGUGUUGAAUUUCACAGUAGCGUACAGCCUUGACAUUUUUUAAAUUUUAAUCUUUUUAUGUGGUUAAUAGAAAAAAUAAAAAGAGAGUUUUUUAGUUCCCCCACGUUGAGCAGCAGCUAAGGUUUCAGGUCAAAUCCAGUUCAGGCAUGAAGGAAUUUAAAAGGAAUAUAUCAGUUUAGUUAAAUGUGAUCCGUGGUUAAUGCUUUUGAAACUUGUGUAGUUAUUCAAUACUGCAUUGUACAUGGGAAGGAGCCAUUUUGAUAAAUGUGUCAUUGGUUGACUACCUUAUUCAAUAAUAAUAAUAUUAAUACUCAAAAAGUCUGGCACAAGCCUCCAGACUAUCAAAAUGCAAGAAAUCACAAAACAAGUCAACUUUUAAUUAAUCAAUAUAUCAUAUUUUGUUUUGUUGUUGUCCUUCUGCUAGCUGUGUUAGCUGGCACGUUUCCUCCAGCAUGUCUCACUGGAGCGUUCAGAAGCUCUGUACUUCAUAUACUGCAGACUUUUGACCAAUUUCCAUUUUGUAAAAUCCAUGCAUCAGUGUUGAAUGAUCUGUAAAGUGAAACUGUCCAAUAAGGUAUAAAGGAUCUGCAGAAAAAACUUAGUCAACCUACUUUAUCUGUGUGGGCUAUCAGCCAUUUUAUGCUGAAUUUUAUUUUGACCAGAGACCCUUCAUAUUACAUGUUCAAAGUUAAAAUUCAAUACUGAUUCAUGCCAUUCAUAUGGAUUAUGUGGAUAAGAACAAUUGGAAGAUUGUACAGAUCCAGAAUUGAAGUUUUUUUCAACCCUGGUCACACCUGGUAUUAUCAUCCAUCUUCCUCACUUCUCUACCCUAUACGCAAGGAAUUAAGUACAUGAUUUACACUCAAAAAUCAAGUCAAAACACACACAAAUGAGACCACAUCAUUAUGGCUCCGUGUUGUCAGUUUUCAUGGCUGCUGCUUGUUGUUUUGUUGUCCUAAUAUAAAGCUGUUACUGUGUGAAUGAUCCAGCACAAGCACCAGACUGAAGUGAAAACUGCAUGAAUAAAUGUACUUGAUUGUGCACUGAUUUACUAUCAUCGCUAACUGCAAGCAGUACUAAUGCCAGUUAACUUUUUGGCCUCCGUGGAGAGCGAAUGGCUUCUCAGAGAAGAAAGAAAAAAGAGCAAUAAAGAUGAGCAGAAGGAGGGAGCUACAUAUUUUUAUUAAAGGUACUACAUGCAUCUUAGAAAAUCUGUAUUUAGAAUUCCUAAAAACUCUUAAUUUCUAUUCAAUAGAUGUUCAAAUCAUCAGCAAAUAGUGCGAAUAUUCCUGUUUUUGAAGAUAUAAGAUAACUAAAAAUGUCUUAAUGGUUGUUUGAUGUAUUUGUUUGAGCUUCUACUUCUCUUACUUAUGAAUAAGUGUCAUCAGAAGAUGUAAAAACAAAAUGUAACUUUUGAAGCUAAUAUUGUAACAGAAUUUUGUCUUAAUGUACAAGUUUCCGUUUUACAACAGCUGUCAUAAGAUGGCUUUGCUUUGGUAAAUGCAGACACUCGCUGGGCAGUGCUUCAACACUGAACUCCUUCAGUAAGCGACUCGUGCUUCUAAAAAAAUGGACCAUGACUGACUAAAUGCAGUAAUUUUUUGCAUGUUAAACAAUGUAAAUCUAUCAGUUGCAGUUGUUGUACAUUUGAAAGCAUGUGGUGGUAUUGCACUUGACAUUUCAGAUAUUUUAACAUAACUCAUGUUUAGGGCUGGACCUGAAUACUCGGAUGUCCGGAUACUUGGAUGUCCGAUUUGAGUAUGUUUUUCUUUUUUUUUUCUUCUUGCAGUGAUGCCUCAGUGCAUUUUAACUAAUAAAAAGGAUGACAGCAUGACAAAGGCCUCAGCUGUGUGGCACACUUUAAAUUGGCAGAUCAGAAUUUGGCAAAUUUUAAACUUCCAUUUUUUUUCCCUCUGGCUCACGUGUGGGUCCGGGCCAAUGUGGGCCUCAAACUUGUGGGAUUCAAAUAUCCGUUGUAGUCUUCUGCCAAAGUUCCAGAUUCUAUAAGAUGGUACUCAGGCCAGCCCUACUCAUGUUCACGUCAACUCGAUGUGUCAGUUGCCAGCUGUUUAUCUAAUAUUCACAGCAAUUGUUACAAUCAGGUGGGAUGUUUUUUGGCUUGAGUGUAUGAAAACAACUGGUAGAUUUGCUACAGUGUUGUGAUACUUUCUAGAAAUCAGGAGCAGCAGGUUUCACUCCAGGUAGAAGAUUGAGACUAGCUGCUAAUCCUGAUUGAUUGUAUGUUUAUUACCUGAUGACCAAGUCCUCUGACCUUCACAGCUACUAUUCAUUAACUAGAUCAUAUUAGAAAAAACAAACUAAUUACUGUAAAACAUCUUUCUCCUUGAAGUUAUGGGCAGUCCAGCUAACAUAUACAGUCAGUAUUUUGGACCUGAAACAAUCAAUGAUCGAUAUCACGGAUUCUCCGGAUACAAAAACACUUUACUAAAUACAAUGCAGAAUUUGGACUAAAUUGUGAACAUUUAAAUAAACAUGAAUUUAGUGAAACAUUUCAUGAACUGUUGCUUCAUGAACUGUUUCAUCUUUGCCAGGUAAAAAUGUGAGCUGGUCAUGGGGUCUUUGACAAUAAUGAAAUACAUAUUUAUGUUUUAUUUAUGUCUUUCUACCAUGCAUGCGAUGAACUUGUAUACUAUUUAACAUAUUAAAAGUGGAUCUUUGUAAUGUGGAGACCAUAUUCCAACAU